GUUUUGAUGAAUUGAGUCUUAUAUUAUUGCAAAUCCCUUAGAAAAAUGUUAAAAUACUACUAUACUUUGGGUUACAAUAUGCACCUCACAAAUAGAGCGUCGGAUGUGCACCAAAAACCAAACGAUCGAAGAUCCAACGGUCACAGGGAGAUGUCAUAUCAGGAAAUUGUUAGUGCGUUCUCAAAAACGCCCUCAAGGGCUAAAACGGCUCGUCGUUUUUUUUUUGUCAUUCUUUCUUUUCAACUUUGUGGGCUACAUGACAGGCCCAAAGGCCCUCAAAUGUUGAUCGCUAAUUUUUGUGGGCUGGCCCAAAGACUUGGAAGCUUCUACAAUCUACUACUUACCGCCAGCUUCUCAAUUAGUAGCCCCCCUCUCUCUCUGAGUUGCAGAGACCUCCGUCGCUACGACGCUCACCUCUUCCAACGACGACGUUUCAGUAGCCAGGGCGAGCUUGCUCGAUGGAUAUAAUCUCCCAAUUACAGGGACAAGUGAACGCAAUUGCUUCUCUUACCUUCAAUACCUUUGGGACACUACAAAGGGAUUCUCCUCCAGUCCGACUUUCACCAAAUUACCCAGAACCACCAGCUAAUCCUACCGAGGAUGCUGCUGAUUUUGCCCAACAACCCAAGCUCAUGGGCGCAGCUCUUGUUAAGGCUGCUAAGCAGUUUGAUGCAUUAGUUGCAGCACUUCCAUUAGCCGAUGGAGGUGAAGAAGGGCAGCUGAAACGGAUUGCAGAACUGCAGGCCGAAAAUGAUGCUGUCGGCCAAGAACUCCAGAGACAACUCGAAGCUGCAGAGAAAGAAUUAAGGGAGGUCCGCGAAUUGUUCGGCCAAUCGGUAGAAAAUUGCUUGAACCUGAAGAAACCUGACUGAAGACAACGUGACUAUCGUAUGGUUCUCCCGCUAUUUCGAUUCGUUUGGGUCCCUUGUCUUAUGUAAAUGUUCAAAGAAUCUGCAGGCUGUAAUCUCUACAGCUCAAUUUUUUAUUAACUGACUGAUGACUAAAGCCCAAAGAGGUGAACUCUUUGUGAUUUGUUGUUUCAUUUGAAAGUUGAUAGAAGAUCAAAGAUAUUUGAGUUGUAACUAUAUUCCUAAA